CACACACAACACAUACAUACAUUAGAAAAUAACAGUAAAAGAGUACAUCAUGGCUAAGUUUGCUUCCAUCAUCACCCUUCUCUUUGCUGCUCUUGUCCUUUUUGCUGCUUUUGAAGGACCAACAAUGGUGGAAGCGCAGAAGUUGUGCGAGAGGCCAAGUGGGACAUGGUCAGGAGUUUGUGGAAACAGCAACUCCUGCAAGAAUCAGUGCAUUAACCUUGAGGGAGCACGCCAUGGAUCUUGCAACUAUGUCUUCCCUGCUCACAAGUGUAUCUGCUAUUUCCCAUGUUAAUCUACCAAUAUAGUUGGUGGUGCUUUGUAUUCUUAUUUACUGUUUCUUGCGUGCUUAACUAUUUGCAUUAAAUAAGUCUGUGUCACUCAUUCUAUGAGUGACCUCGUGACAUGUAGCAAAUAUGUUUAUGUUGGUUUGUUUUUAAUAAUAUUAUAAAACUGUUGGUAUGUUGAAAAUCAAACAUUUGUCUUGGGCAUCAAAUAUGUACAUCUACGGUUUGGAGUUUAGUCUCUUAUCAAAUAUGUAGCUAUGUACUCCUACUCUACUGCGAGUCACUGGUAGGAAGCAAG